CCUCUGCAGGGGAGAGCAGCCUCCCUGCCCUGGGGCGUCUCCCCUGCUGCCGGGGCUGGCCAGAGCCAUCCUGGCCCAGCAUUCCCCAGGGGCCUCGUCCCUCCGGCCGCUGGGGGCGGAGAUCAGGAGCCAGCUCUUUGCUCCUCGCUGCCAGUCACUCCCCACGGCCAUGGGUGACGCUGGCUUUUAAAGGGACCUCGCAGAGCGGGGGAGGCGAGGGGGUGACCUUAUGGCCCGCUUAGCUUUCCACUCAGCGCGUCGCAAGUUUCCCAGCAAGGCAGUUUCAGUAUCGCCAGUGCCUGGGUCAGCUCGGUGCUUCUGCGGGAGAGGAGGCAGAAGUGCGUGAAAGAAGGAGCAUCCCUGAGACGUUGCAGUGCAAAGACCCAGGCGAAUUUAACAUUGUUUAAAAAGCCGCACUCAGGCUGGCUUCCACUGAGAACAUGCGGCAGGUUUUAAGAAGCACUGGUUACAUCUGAGAAGGGUUGUUCUCUGCAAAGGCUAGAAAUAGCGACCGCCCGGGAAGGGGAGAAAGGGACUGCGUUCCACAGGCCUUCCCAAACCCACCAGGUAGGCAGGAUUCAGACCAACGCGCCGGAGUGUUCAAUGCACUCUCCAUCCCUGCUCCCCAGCCAGGCCAGAGCCACUGCCAGGUCUGUUUUCUUGGCACCCAGUCUUCAUGUCUCUAGCGUUCUGCCUCUGCCUUCCUGAAGCCAUCCUGCUCUUCUCGCCCGAGAGCUCCCCGUUCUGCCUCUGCUCCCGCCAGGGGAAGGUGUGGCUGCACUGGGCUGUGCAGACGCUGGUGCUCGUGAUGGCUGCGCUGGGCCUGGGCUUCAUCGUCUCCAGCAAGAAUCGGAGCGAGCUCCCACACAUGGUUUCCUGGCACAGCCUCCUGGGCGUCCUGACUCUGGCUGCCACCUGCGGGCAAGCUCUGUGUGGGCUUAGCCUGCGCUUCCCCCAGCUGCUGGGGAUCUCCGCUGUGGCACGUCUGAGGCUCUACCACAUCACGGGUGGCCUGGUGGUCUGCCUGCUGGCCACCUUCACGGUGGUCCUCGGGAUUUGCUCGGACUGGUUCCAGGCACAGAUCAAAGGGGUGGCUUGGUAUUUCUGCCUGGCACUGCCCUUCUACCCUGCCCUGGUGAUCAUGAACCAGACCACUAGCAUUCACCUACUGAAGAAAAGGGUGCGUGUGUGAGCUCAGGCCUCUCCUUCUCCCUGUGCCUCUAUCUCCCCAUUGCCUGCCCAUCCCUCUCCCUCCACCCCAGGUCUGAGCUCUGACCUGCCCAUCCCUUGUCAUCUCCUCCCCUCCCCCCAAUAUCUCAGCUCCAGGCUGCCCUUCUGCCACAGUGCACGUGUGCAUUGGGAGCACGUCCCUUCCCACCCUGCAGUGCUGUGUGUGGCUAGCAGGGCUGCCCUGUGGGCGUAGAUCCUCAGCUGUCACAUCACAACUAAGCCAGGCCCGGGUUUGAGCUCCUGCCUCCCGCUGGAGUUCCCGGCCCUGCCCUUUGCUCUUCAGGCCCGUCCGUGUGCAGUUCCACCCCAGAGCUGUGGGGCUGGAGAGGAGGCAAAGAGCUCCGGGGUGCGUCUGGCUGCAGGCCCCCGGUUCUCUUCGGACUGGACUAAUUCUUGUUCCUAAUGUUACUUUGGGCUUCCUGUUGCCCUCUCCCCUGCUGUGUGUGGCCCCGACUCACACAGGCCCUUGCAGAGCCCCUGGCUUUUCCAGUGCGGCAGGGUUGGAUUUGGGGGCGGCUGGACCCCUUCCCCCCGGGACCGGCAGGCUGAGGGAGCAGUUGGCAGGAUACGGGGCCUUUUGUGUGGAUUCUCGCCAUGGCGGGGCGGGAAAGAUGGGCCCUGUUCCAAAGCCUGUGUGACGUGGCAGUGGCCCAGCUAGGCCAGAGGCAUGCACAUAAGCACCUAGAUCCUAGGGAGUGGGUCGCGCCACAGACAGGUGGCCCUGAGCCUGGGAACUUGUCCUGUUGUUGGCCCGGCUGUGCCCGUUCUGUGGGUAAGCCAAGAUCUAUGGUCAUCAGUGCGACCCCUGACAAGCACGACGUUCCCCUUCGCCCUGCCCAGGGCCGGACCGAGCCAUUCCAGCACCCCGGGCAGACACUUUAAUUGCACCCCGGGUGGGGGAGGGUGCAUAUGUGGCCCCGCCCCCACUCAGCAUGUGGGGGAGGCCGUGCGGAGACGGCGAUGGCAGGACGUGUGUGCGGUGCCCGGCCCAGCUACCACCGCUGGCGCGCAGCCUGGGGCAGGCCAAGCCUGGCCGUGCAGGGCCCCGCGGCCGCGAGGGGAAGAGUACUGCUGGCCAGCGCUACGGGGGUUAAUGUGGCCCCCACCCCAGGCGGCCGCUGGGAGCUGCUGCAGCCCGGGAGCUGGGCGUGUGCCCCUUACAGCUGCAAUCAGGUGCCCCCCAUAGGUUGGUGCCCCGGGCAGCUGCCCGGCUAGCCCCCCUUAAUCCAGCCCUGCCCCGGACAUGGGGGAGCCCAGGGAGGCUGCUGCCUGCACAGCCCUUGCUGGACACCCUCCACGUCCUGUGAAGCCCCCUGUUUCAGAGGCCAGUCGCAGCACUUGACUUCUGCUUGUUUGGCCCCCGCUGCGGCGGCAUGUUGCUGUGGGGCCGAGGCUGUGGGCCAGCUUAGUGGGUUGCAAUGGAGCGCACCAGGUUAGCAGUGCCGCUGGGCCUGGCAUUGCAGCUGUAGCCAGGGGUAGGGUUACUAGCUCUGGGGCCUUCGCAACUCCCCAGGACUUAGACUUUGGAUCUGGUCCAAAGCUCGGCUGCUGGGGCUGCAGUGACUUCACCCAGGCUGUCGGUUGAUGGAAGCAGGUUUUCACCAGCCUAGCUCUCUUCACUCGGGUAGGUUCCUGCUCCGUCUGUGGGCAGCAUAGACACUACGGGCGCACACAGGCAUUGCUGCAGCUGCGUUGCUAUACUCCCCGCAGUGUAGAUGUAGCCUUAGCCUUCGGCUGCUGUAUUGAGCCAUUUCAAUCUCAGGUCUGUCUCCAGAAUCUCAGGGAAGUGCCGCACUGGCUUGCAUUGUAUUCCCCUUCCAGGGAUGCUGCCGGUUCACCCGCUCUUACUCCGCUGCUGUCUCACCAGCAUCCAGGGAACCUGCUGGAGAGUGGCCCAGUUGGGGGAUGCUGGAUUAAAUUGCACAUUUACCUUCUUUCCUGUUAGUUUUCAGGGUGGGGCAGGUGUGGAGGGGAAAAGCAGGAGCUGGAGGUGCAGACUAGCUGGCAACGUCAUGCCCCCCACAUGGUCACAAUGGGUUUUGCCCCUGGGAUUCUCAGCACCACAGCCCUGGCUAACUGCUGGCUCUGCUAGGCUGCUGCUCUUGCUGAGGAUCAGCCACUGGUGGGGUGGGUAAACGUGCAGCGGGCAAACUGGCACGGUGGGGCGGGAGCAGGAGCAAAGCAGAUCUGCUAGCAGGGCGGAGACCCAUGCCCUUUGAUGGCUCUUGCUGUGAACAUGCUGCUGAAAUCCUUGUGCUGUCUUCUGCUCAGUCCCACUCGAGUGGAAAACGAAAGGGCCUGCUGAUUCCUUUGUGCACGCGGGGUUGGCGCCAGCUCUCGCUCCCCUCCCCAAGGGCUCACUCCGCUUUCUGGAACUCCACCUGCUCUGAAUUAACCCUGCAGAGCUGGGAGUGGGCUGCGGCAAGCAGGAGCGUCACUUGCGCUUCUCAUGCUGAGCACUUUCCUUUCAGCUGCAUUCCCAGCAGCUCCAGCUCCUCUAACCCAAUGGAACCCCCUUCUCGCCCCUGCAUUAGGGUCCAAGAAGCCGGGCUGAGUCUGUGCCCUGAGGUGGUGGGAAUGUCCCAUCUCAGGGAGCUAAUGAAGUGCAGUCCUGGAUGCUGACAGCCACGUCCUCUGGCUGCAGGGAGCUUUCCAGGUGGUGGGUGCUUCCUGCUGUGACCUGGGACACCCCCCUGCUGCAAGCUCGGGCUUUGGGUGCUGGGCCAUUGGAGGGAACUUGCCACUUUGUGGGCUCCGGAGAGACCCUGCCUGGCUGUCCCAUACAGUGUGGCCUAUCAGUUUGGUCCCGAUCCAGAUCUGAGCUGCUCCUUAGUGCAGAGCCAGGUACCAGGACUGUCCCCUACCCUUGCACUGCCUUGGGAGGGCCUCUUGGCACUGUACAAAUCCCCAACUGUCCCUGCCCUGGGCUGGGGUGGAAACAGAAAAAGCAGCUGCUUCGAGAUCACUUCUUGGGAGAGCUGCACUCUGAGAUCUCGUUCUGACCGUUUCCACCUGCUGUCCGUAGGAACAGGCCAGGCAGGGCUGGGGUUUGCCUGGCACACCAUCAGAUGCAGCAAGCCUCACAAUAUCAGACUUCAUAGACCUCAUUAUGGCACAUCUUGUCGUGGAUCGUAGCAGGAGUGGAAAUCAAACAGAAGCACUGUAGCCUGGGGGAGAGGGAGAGCAGACUGGCUAGCGGCUAUGCUGGGCUGCAGGCUGCUAGGGCAGACCGGUUGGGAGGUGGGGGCAGAUGCAGUGAAGUCUCUGGGCCUCUGAUCACACCCCACAGUUGCUGGGUUUUGUUCAGGCUUUGAUUCCAGCUUUCUGAGCAAGCCGUGGUGACUGCCAGCUUCCGGGGCAGAGGGUGGCAAGAACACAGUAACCUCAGUGGAAGAGGCUCACUGGUAAACUAAGGUGUGAAGGUUUGAUCUCAGCUCUCCAGGUGACUCUAGAUCACACAGUGGCCAAGGGCUCUUCACCCUGCUAUUGCUGUCACCGUCCUCUGCAUUCCCAAUAGCGCUGUCAUGGGCAUCUGUCUCACCGGUGUGUUGUGGGUGCUUUUAGCCUGUGUGGUGUGUUUCAAACCCAGCCCUGCAGUGAUGGGCCCAUUGCGGAAUGUAAUUCUGGUGUGCAACAAUGAAA